GGGAAUUGUAGUCUAAUCGGGUGGCGCGCGAAACCAACUCGUCUGGAUGGCCUGCUUUAGUCAAGGGGCGUGUUUAGCCCCGCUUUGUACCGCACAUCUGCUAGCUAUUCUCCUUGUCAAACUGGGUCGACAACUUAUGUAUUUUUAUACUAGGUUCAGUUGAGGAUAAUACAGUGCUAUGUUUAAUGCCAGUAUUUGGAAACGGUUGCUCGUAUAUUCAAAGAAGGGCUGAGGCAACAAAGACGUUUUAUCAACGAAAAAUACCGGCUUUUGGUUUAGGUGUAACGUUAUCAGGGUGAGCUAACGUUAGCUAGCUAAACUAGCCAACGAUAAGCCUGCGUUUCACUCCCGGUUGCCGAACUGCCAGUGACUAAAGAAGUGUGUUGGGCUUUGUGUGGUUGGAGGCGCAUGAGGAAGCCACGCCGGAGGGGCCACCUGGCCGGUGGAGGGGAUUGUGGUGGGAGGAAGUCUGACCAAGCUGGUAGGGGGCGAGGAGGGCCCCGCCAACGCUCCCCCUCACCCUACAGCCUAAAGCUGUCCCCCACCAGAGAGACGUUAACUUACUCCCAGACCCAGAAAGUGGUGGAAGUGGACUUGGACGGCAGGCUCCACCGGAUCUCCAUUGUGGACCGUCUGACUGUCAUCACAGAGGACGAGAUGAUGGCCCAGGACAUCGCAGAGUGCAACAGCAACAAAGAGAACAGCAAACAGCCCCUCGCACCAGCCAACCCCGGAAGCAAGCCACCUGCCAUGCCCAGAGGCCUCAAGAAAUACUCCAAACAUGCCUCCUCCACAUCAUCGUCGUCCUCCUCCACCCCUCAGAACUACUGCCCUAACGCUCACUCACAACCUUACUACAAAACCAACUCCUCCUCACACAACCAUCACCACACCCCCCUCCCUGAGCCCACCUUUCGCAUGCUGGAGACCUUCAGCCCUUGUGCUGUGCCCCCUCUGCCUGUGGCCUACUACCGCUACAUAGAGCGCUCAGCGGAAGAGCAGGAGGCGGAGGCAGAGUAUGACAUGGAUGAUGAGGACGCGGCCUGGCUGGAGAUGGUGAACACUAGGCGGACGUCAGACGGCCACGCCACCAUCUCCCCCGACACCUUCGAGCUUCUGGUGGACCGCCUGGAGGAGGAGUCAUACCGGGAGGCUCGCAGCCGGGCUCCCUCACAGAGCGCCAUCGAUGACGACGCCUUCUGCUGCGUGUGCCUGGACGACGAGUGCCUCAACAGCAAUGUUAUUCUCUUCUGUGACGCCUGCAACCUGGCCGUGCACCAGGAGUGCUACGGCGUGCCCUAUAUCCCUGAGGGUCAGUGGCUGUGCCGCUGCUGCCUGCAGUCUCCCCAGCGGCCCGUGGACUGUGUGCUCUGUCCCAACCGGGGUGGUGCCUUUAAGCAGACCAGCGACGGGCGCUGGGCCCACGUGGUGUGCGCCAUCUGGAUCCCUGAGGUGUGCUUCGCCAACACAGUGUUCCUGGAGCCCGUGGAAGGGGUUGACAACAUUCCGCCCGCCCGGUGGAAGCUCACCUGCUACCUGUGCAAGCAGAAGGUCCGCGGCGCUGCAAUCCAGUGCCACAAGGCCAACUGCUACACAGCUUUCCACGUCUCAUGCGCCCAGCGCGCCGGCCUCUUCAUGAAGAUCGACCCCGUGCGCGAGACCAACAUCAACGGCACCACCUUCUCGGUGAAGAAGACAGCCUUCUGCGAGGCACACUCGCCGCCCGGCCAGGAGGAGGGCGUAGUGGGGUCGGACGAGGAGGAGACCACUGGGAGGGUGAUGGGGGGCCUGGCCAGCCGAGGGCGCAGUGCCUACACUGAGUCCCCACUAGUGCAGAAGCGAAGCAAGAAGGAGGUCAAGCAGGGGAAGAGGAAGGGGAAGAAGGAUCUGGAGGCGGCUGCCUGUCGUUCCGCCACUACACCGAUGGUCACGGUUCCACAGAUCCCCUCUCAAAGGUUAAACAACAUCUGCAAAGGGAUUCUUGUCCAGAGGAAGAAACAGUUCAUGCAAAGGCUGCACAACUAUUGGCUCCUGAAACGCCAGUCACGGAACGGGGUCGGACUCAUUCGUCGCCUGCACUCCCACGUCCAAUCACAGAGGCACAUUGAACAGCCGGAGCAAGAUAAGAAGGUGUGUGCUGUGAGGGAGGAGCUGAAGUACUGGCAGAAGUUGCGACACGACCUGGAGAGAGCCCGGCUAUUGGUGGAGCUCAUCCGCAAGCGGGAGAAACUGAAGAGAGAGCAGGUCAAGGUUCACCAGGCGGCCCUGGAGCUACAGCUGACCCCGGUGCAGGUGUUGCUGCGCUCCACACUGGACAAGCUGCAGGAGAAAGAUGUGGGCCAGAUAUUUGCACAGCCCGUCAAUCUCAAGGAGGUCCCAGACUAUCUGGAGUUCAUCAGCCAGCCCAUGGACUUCACCACCAUGCGCUCCAAGCUGGAAGUCCACAGCUACGACUCGGUGGCCUACCUGGAGGCCGACUUCAACCUGAUGGUGGCCAACUGCCUGCUGUACAAUGCCAAGGACACACUGUUCCACCGCGCCGCCCUGCGACUCCGCGACCUGGGCUGCGCCAUCCUCCGCCACGCCCAGCGAAAGGCCCACAACACGGGCCUGGACCCGGCCACGGGAAUGCACCUCGCCGAGUCGCCCCAGAAACAUGACUACUUCCGGAGCACCUGGGAGGACGUGGACACUCUGCUGGACCCCGAGAACCGUCUGCACAUGUCGCCCGAGGAGCAGCUGAAGGAGCUGCUGGACAAGCUGGACGUAGUGACCGCCGUGCGCUCCAGCGGCGCCCACACCCACCGUAUCCACCUCCUGCGGCGCGAGAUCAACAGCAUCCGCUAUCGACAAGGCCAGCACCACCGCCACUCGCUCUUCAAUGGAGACAAAGAGGAAGACGAAGACGAAGAGGAGAAAGACGAAGAGGUCGACAGCGGCCUGUUUUCUUCAGAUAAAGAGGACCUCAAAUAUACCCCACCCCCAUUGCUGGAGCCAACGUGCCUGGCACCUCACCCUCUGCAGAGAGACACGCCCCUGGAGCCUCCCACCCUGCGCCCCAUGACUGGGGAGCCAAGGACCCUGGGCCAUCCCAACAAGCGUCUGAAAUUGGACAGCGAGAGCUCAGAUAAUGGUACACCCACCCUUGCCGCUACAGGGAAUUAUGAUUGCACUAAAGCAGAAGAGGCGCGCAGUUUGCACUGUGGAGGGCCGGUGGUCAACGGCCUUUCUGACCAUUCGCCCUCACACCCCGUCACAACGGGAGUAGGGCGGCGGACUUCUGUGCUUUUCAAAAAAGCAAAAAACGGAGCAAAGCUGCUUAGAGAGAAAGAGAGAGACAAUCUUUUACUGAAUGGGAAAGCUGGGGAGGCAGUCACUAGCAGCAGUGCCUCCCCAAACCCCAACUCAGCUUUAAGUACCCCAUUAUCCACCCCGUCUAAGACCCCCCAGCAGACCCCGACCCCGUCCUCAUUCACCACCCCCGAAUGGGGGAACCCUAGUCGAGGUGCCAUCUCAGAGGUGGAGCUGGACAAGAUGUCUAACCAUACACUGGAGAGUGGACUCACCAAUGGGUUCACAAAGCACAAAGAUGGUGGUUCUGACUCAGACUGUAGCCCUCUCCCAAUCCUCCACAAAGAAAUCAGCUCACCACCCAAACGUAGCCUCGGAAAACCAGCACUUUCCAAAGUACAGUUCCUGGAUACUGUUAACGGGGAUGCAGAUUACACCGCUACAGGCAGUAGUAUCCUGAUGCCUUUUGAGAACGGCGCGGCGCUGGAAUCCCUGGACUUGGUCUGGGCCAAGUGUCGGGGGUACCCCUCCUACCCUGCAUUGAUAAUUGACCCUGAGAUGCCCAAGGAGGGCUUGUUGCACAACGGGGUGCCCAUCCCCGUGCCGCCGCUGGACGUCCUGCAGCUGGGGGAGCAGAGGACGGAGGAGGCCGGGGAGAAGCUAUUUUUGGUGCUCUUCUUCGACAACAAGAGGACAUGGCAGUGGCUACCACGGGACAAGGUGACUCCUCUGGGUGUGGACGACACGGCUGACAAGCUGCACAUGAUGGAGGGCAGGAAGACCACGAUCCGCAAGUCUGUGCAGGUGGCCUACGACCGCGCCAUGGUCCACCAGAGCCGCGUGCGCCACGACCAAGCCUUUGUCACCUCCAACUACCUGUAGCGAUGGGGAGACACUAUUUCCCGGGCCCCAAAUCAGCACUGAACCUUACACACUUAUCAUAGGUCAGAAAGGUCUGGAUGGCUUUAAGCUUACCUGGACACUCCUCGUAGGUCUGGAUGGGUGUAUGGCAAGGAGUAUGCCUACUGGUUACACCUUUCUUAGUUCUUUCAGAUCUAUGCAGUGUCUGAGGAUCGAUGCACCUCAUUGCCCCCUAUACCAAACCACUAAUCUCACUACUCUCUGAUUUGAGGCUGUAUAGAGAGAGAUGGAGAGGUAUCUAUUUAUCCCACUUAGUGGGAGGAGGGAGCCUAAUUUUCCUCUAAGUCAGUAAUCCUCAAACCUUCUCCUGGAGAGCCGCAGUUCUGCAGGUUUUUGACCCAGCUUAGUGCCAUCACACCUGAUUCAACUAAUCAACUGAUCUUCAAGCCCCUGGUGAGCUGAAUCAGGUGUUUCACUGCUGAGCUGGUACAAGCAGUACUGUAGUUCUCCAAGAGCAGGAUUAGAGGUAUUUAUUUGUGUGAGCCAUCUUGAUGCCCCUUAGAACUGAUACAGGUAGCUGCAGUGGCUGGAUCAAAGUUCAAUUAACACCUCCAUUUUUGUAUAAUGCUACUGCCAAGAAAUCAAAUGGUUGGAAAAUAGAUUUCUCAUAUUUAUAUGAACUGUGAAACAAUAUAAAUGGAUCACUGCCAUUUUUCUUACACUUUUUACAUUUUUAUGUUUUAGAAACCACUUGUUAUAUAUUGUAAUGACACAUGUACAGUAGAAGUCGGAAGUUUACAUACACUUAGGUUGGAGUCAUUAAAACUUGUUUUUCCACCACUC